AUGGGGCGCCACAGCAGCAGCAGCAGCAAAGCCGAGGCCGGCAGCGAGCAGCACAGCAAGGAGGACAAGCAUCACAAGCACAUGGAGCAGCUCGCCCAGCUCGGCGCCGUCGCGGCCGGAGCAUACGCGCUGCACGAGAAACGUAAGGCGAAGAAGGACCCGGAGAAUGCCCGGUCACACAGGAUCAAGGAGGAGAUCGCAGCCACGGUCGCCGUUGGUAGCACCGGUUUCGCCUUCCAUGAGCACCACAAGAAGAAAGACGCCAAGAAGCACGGCCGCCAUUGA